CUCAGACAUCGCAUGAACAGCAAGCUAGCGAUCUGUUUAGCUAACAUCAUCACAGUUUAUCCUUCUAUUUCGUCGUUACAGUUCGCUUUUAUUUCCAAUUAAGAAUGUCAGAAAGAAAAGUGUUAAACAAAUACUACCCGCCAGACUUCGACCCGGCUAAAAUACCUAAACUUAAGCUCCCUAAAGACAGGCAGUAUGUGGUCCGGCUGAUGGCUCCCUUCAACAUGAGGUGUAAGACUUGUGGGGAGUACAUUUACAAGGGGAAGAAGUUCAAUGCCCGUAAGGAGACUGUGAUGAAUGAGCUCUACAUGGGACUGCCCAUCUUCCGCUUCUACAUCAAGUGUACAAGAUGCCUGGCUGAGAUCACCUUUAAGACUGAUCCGGAGAACACAGACUAUGCCAUGGAACACGGUGCCACAAGGAACUUCCAGGCGGAGAAACUUCUAGAGGAGGAGGAGAAGAAGAUAACUAAGGACAGAGAGGAGGAAGAGUUGAACAACCCUAUGAAGGUGUUGGAGAACCGUACGCGGGACUCUAAGAUGGAGAUGGAGGUUCUAGAGAAUCUUCAGGAGCUCAAGGAGUUAAACCAGAGACAGGCUUCGGUGGACUUCGAAGGAAUGCUGGGAACAUACAAAGAGCUGGAGCAGAGGACCAAAGAGCAGGAGAAGGAGGAGGACGAGAGGGAGACACGGGAGAUGCUAGAGAGAGCUCUAGUGAAGAGGUUAAGAGACUCCGACUCUGACUCAGACCAGGAGGGCGAGAGCAGCAGCAGACCAAAGAAACCCAGCACAGACAGACCUACUGACAUCCUCACCACAGACAGACUCACUGACCCACAGGGCCUGUCAGUGGGGGGGGUGAAGAAGGCCAAGGUGGAGAGCUGGGAGAGAAGUGUGGGGGGGCUGGGAGGUGGAGGGGCACUGGGAACACUGGUGGUGAGGAAGAAACCAGUGACCUCUGUCCCCAAACCUGGUACCACAGCAACUCCUGCAGGCUCUAACACACAGACAGUUUCAAAGGCAGCUGCUACUGUACUGACGGAGGCUACUAAGCCAAUCACAGCACAGAAUGGGUCGUCGUCGCUCAGUCUCCUGGGGGCGUAUUCCGACAGUGAUGACAGCAACAACAGUGAAUGAGAGAAAGGCUGGCGAUGCUUUGGCUCACCAAAAUGCUCAGUCAGUGUCUGAACUUUGUGAUAUGGAAAUGUGUUGAUAUGUUGUUGGGCAAUUCAUCUCUUCCACACAACCCAGAACAGUUUUGGAUUUUCAAGAUCACAACAUAAGGAUGGCUAUUAGGUGUAAGGAAAGGGGUAAGCAAUUUGAUGCCUGUGAUGAUUUAAAACUACUGUAUUUGUUUCAGGGUAUAUAUGAGAGUUAAAGGGCUGAAUUGUAUCAUUCUCCUUUGUGAUUGUAUCAUCCCCCAAUGUAAUUAGUUUUCACCUGUGAUUUUAGAAAAUAUAUUUUGAAAUGUCUGUCUACCAACUACCCUCCAACUUUGUAAAGGUGUAAGUCAUGUUUUGGCUUUUCAUUAUAUACUCAUUUACCUCUAAAUCAGUGGUUCUCUAAAUGUUUUCUUGCACUGUGGCACAUUCUAAACUAUUUUCUCUUGUGCCCUACCCAAUCAGAUUUGGUUGUUGUUGAAUACAAUGUCCGAGUUUUCUGGAGUCAUAAAAAUGUACUUUAGGUCCAAGCUAAGUUUUAAAAAAUGUUUAUUUUUAAGUUGUGUGUUAUAGGGCAAGGGUCUCUGAACCGGUCCUGGAGAAUGUAAAUGUAGGCCUGUGUUGCAGAUAAACAAUUGUAUUUCUAUGGAACCUUUAUUUAUCUAGCCAAGUCAGUUAAAGAACAAAUUCUUAUUGACAAAGACAGCCUAGUGGGUUAACUGCCUUAUUCAGGGGCAGAAUGACAGAUUUUGUACCUUGUCAGCUCAGGGAUUGGAUCUAGCAACCUUUCGGUUACUGGCCCAACGCUCUAACCACUAGGCUACCUGCCACAAAGAGUUUACUUGAUAACCAUCUACACGUGACUUUACCCAGAGACUUCCAUUCUCUGCUGUAGUAGGCUGCUUUUGUGAGUUUAGAACAUGAAAUCAAUGUGUCAGAAGCAGAUAACUUUUCCUAAAAUGCUCCUUGAUUGAACUUCCAAGUUAUCACACUAAAUUUGUUGCUAAACAGGCACUGGUGUGGACUUGACUCAACAACAAUCAAGUGAUUGUAACAAUGGCAACAAUAAAAUAAACUGUUCUCUCUCGCACACAGUCCAGUCUAACUCCCCACUUGUCCUGGGGAACUAGUAAACUCCGAUGUCCUCUUUCUCUUCCACCUCAUCUGGCAUGGAAAGUUAGAUUUGGCCCCUGUCUCCAAUGCUGUACAGCACGUCAACUCUCUUCCUGCACAUUCAUUGUGACACGCUUGCAUCGUGCCGUGUCUCUGUGGAAGCAGAUGUGGAUGGGGCGGUUCAAAUGUAUUGCUGGCUACUAAUGCGUUUGGAAUGAAAGAUGAAACGAUCAAUGCCAGAUCAACAUUGCCAUCUGCCAGGAAGGUAGGGUACAUUUCCAAAAGAGGCUUGGCAUGCUCUUUAUUUGAGCUGCUGAGCUCUCCUGGCAGGCUGGCACGUGCCCUGUAAGUUGAGUUUUUGUUUAUUCCUAAAAACACUUUUUUUAAGUGAAUAGAAAAUAUAUACAUUAAGCAAAAAUAUUCAGACAGCCUGCGUUAAAUAGUAUAAAUGUAAGCCAAAGUUUUUUUUGGGGGGCGGGUUGUCAGUAAGAACAAUUAUUGAAUGUUGGCCCAUUCAUUCUCAGUUUCGCUCACACGUCACUAUCACUAUGUGGUAAAGAUCUCUGAGCCCGAGCCUCACACUGAUUGUUAUGAUGAAGAUGAUUCUGGUCCGGUAGGAGUGACAUUUUUGGAGAAAGUGGACUCGUGGUUUCUGGUUGGAUGAAAAUGGAAUUGGGUACUGCUGAAUCAGUGAAGGUAACCCAAAGUGGACUUGUGAUUAUUUUUUUGUGUUUCUUCCACCCAGAGGGAGCUGGGGACAAGACCUGUUACUUGCUUUGCUCUAAGAAACAGAGUGCCAUUGAAAGGAGUGAUUACUGGGAUAAGGUGGAGAAACUGUAAUAGAUGAUUCCCAGUGUCUGUGACACCCGCCGUUUGGUGCAACGCAGACCCGGUCGUGAGAAUGGUGAAAUAGAGGAGUCACUGCCUUUUUGAGUUUUAAUUCUGAGUCGUUACCCAACAAAGUCAUGUUAGGCUAUAUCAGUUAUCCCGUAAGAGCUUUUGUGCCGAACCCACUACGGUGUUUCAGGUGCCGAGCUUGCAGCAGUGUGUGGAAGGGAGAUACCUAUAUGUGAGAAGUGUGCAGGAGGGCAUGGGACAAAGGAUUUUGUAGCAUCGAUAAAGCAGUAUGUGUUAACUGUAGGGUAGCCCUUGGUCAUGACUAUGUGUUCCAUUACAUUACACAUAAGUCAUUGGAUGAAGGAGUCGUCUGUAGGGGGGAGUUUUGUUAAGAACUGCAACACUCGGUCUGAACAUUAACACGCAUCGCUUGUGGUUUUGGAAGCAUAAAGACCUUAUCUUUCAUAUAAAAAAACAAGUGGUUUAAUUGAUACACAACUUUAUAGGGUUAAGGUUCCCACCUGGCCAUAUUUCCAUGUUACAGCUCUUGUUUACGGAAAACAGACAUAUGACAGAGUGUGCUAAUUAGCUAUUUGUGUCUCUGAACACCUGUGUGUCAAUAGAAGACAGAUGCCACAAAUGUGUUUUCACUGAAAAUUACUGUCAGCUGCAAAUGUGUUAAAUAAACUGCUUUUAAACACAGCAAGGUGACCAGGGACAAUGGUAUGGUUCAACAGUACAAAUACUACCUACGCCCUUAGGGUUCUUGGAACUCAAAACGGCCCAUCAAAAGGUUCUUCCAGGAACCCCAUAGGGGGUUGGGUUCAUGGUAGAACCUCCUUACUUGGUGGGGGUUCUUGCAGGUUUUUCCCUUGUAUGAUCUAAAUAUAUAUAUAUUUUGUGAUGAUACCAUCUAUCUUUACAUAUUUGUGCAAAUCUUUCUAAAACAGAAAAUGGACACAAUUAAAUGGAUAUCAAUCAACAAAGAGGUAAGAAUAUGCUGAAUGUAAAAUAAAAUAACUUUUGAUAAUGCUUUUCAUACACAUACCUUGGUUAUAAUGUAGAGGCUUAUGGGAUAUUCAUUGAAGAGGUAAGGGGGGAGGAUGGUAAAUGAGAUGCCUCCUCAUCUGUAUACCUACAAACACAAAAGUGAGCAUUUCACUGUACCCCGCAAUUACAAAUGCGACCUGUGUGUGUGUGACUAAUAAAAUCAUCUAAUCUAA